AAAGCCUACGCAUUGGGGGCGGUGCAGCCGAGGCUCAGCCUUCUGCAGGGUCGGUGGGCGGGCAUGGGGCUGGCGCAGUUGGGUGCGCUAAGCUCCCUAAUAGGGUUGGUUCACAGUGGAGUGGUUACCCGUCAGUGUGCCGCGGCAGCAGCGAGCCGAGCCGGCGAUCGGAAGGAGGAGUAGGAGGGUGGGCACGUAACGGGGCCCACCGUUCCGCAGCGCCUCCGCAGCUAUGGCCCCAAUUAAGGUGGGCGAUGCCAUCCCCUCCGUGGAGGUAUUUGAAGGGGACCCUGGGAACAAGGUGAACCUGGCAGAAUUGUUCAAGGGCAAGAAGGGUGUGCUGUUUGGAGUUCCUGGGGCAUUUACCCCUGGCUGUUCCAAGACCCACCUGCCGGGAUUUGUGGAACAGGCUGAGGCUCUGAAGGCCAAGGGGGUGCAGGUGGUGGCAUGUCUGAGUGUUAACGAUGUAUUUGUGACUGGAGAGUGGGGUAGAGCCCACAAAGCGGAAGGCAAGAUUCGGCUCCUGGCUGACCCCACUGGGGCCUUCGGAAAGGAGACAGAUUUAUUACUAGACAAUUCAUUGGUACCCCUCUUUGGGAAUCGCCGGCUCAAGAGGUUCUCCAUGGUGAUAGAGAACGGUGUGGUGAAGACUCUGAAUGUGGAGCCAGAUGGCACAGGCCUCACUUGCAGCCUGGCCCCCAACACCCUCUCACAGCUCUGAGGCCCUGGGCCAGACGCUUCCUCUGCCCUUUCCUGUCAUACCUGUCCAGCCUGGACAGAGGGCCCUGAUCCUGCCUUAGCUGCGGCUGUCUGAUUUGAAUGCUGGCCACGUUUCUGCAAUUAAACACUUCUGCUUCUCA